AUGGAAGCUGCACCAGCGAAGAUGAUUACUCUGAAGAGCUCUGACGAACAUAUCUUCUUUAUCGAGGAGAUUACCAUGACAGGCAAUAUCUUGGCGGAGGUAAUCGAAUACUACAACAAACACCCUGAGGUUGCGAUUAGUGAAGUGAAGAUGAUUACUCUGGAGAGCUAUGACGAACAGACCCUCCUUACCCAGGAGACUACCAUCACAGGCAAUAUCUUGGCAAAGGUAAUCGAAUACAGCAACAAACACGCUGAGGUUGGGACUAGUGAUGCGGAUAAAAAUAUUUGGGAUGAACAGUUUGUGAAUUUCGAUUUUGGAACAAAUGCCCAGAUGUUUUCAGACAUGAUGCAGGUUGCUGAAUUUCUCAACAUACAGGGAUUGAUAGAAUUGAUAACGCAGAAAUCGGCUACAUGGAUGACUGGUAAGACAAUAGAGGAUAUACGUCAGGCGUUCGACUUAACAGAUGAAGAAGCCCAACUGACUCCUGAAGAAGAUGAAGAGAUUACUAGAAGAUUAGAGAUUAUUAGUCGUAGGCGAAAUGUUGGGGCCUUUGAAUGA